AUGAAAAGCAUAGUGAAAACAGAAGAAGAUUCUCCAAAAAAGCCUAUAUGGGAAUCUCUAUUAGAGAGGGUAUUCUAAUAAAUUAAACAAGGGAUCAUGUAAGAAGGAAGAAAUCAACAGAAAAAUUAAGGAAAAGAAAAUCAAAGAUGAAGAACUUGAUCCAGAAUGUACUUUUAAGCCUUCCCUGAUCAAUCAAAAUUGUAAAUCAUCAUCAUUAUAUUCUAGAACUAUAAUUAGAUAAGCCUUUUUAUGAGAGACAACUAAAAUGGUUGGAAGAUAGAAAACAAAAGAUUAAUGACAGAAGAGAUGGCGCUAAGGAUAAGAGUCUAGAAAAGUGCUCAUUUCAACCACAAUUAGGACCCUCUCCACAAAUACCUGAAGUGGACAUCAGAAAUACUAAAGGAAUGGACUCAUUCAUUCAAAGACAAGAAAAAGCAAGAAAAUUAAAAUAAGAAAAGCAUAUGCUAUUAAAUAAUCCAUAUUCGCAUUUGAGUUCAGAAAAGAAGGCAGUUUAGACUGUAAUUAUUGCAUUUAUUCAAUAUAGAAUCAAUCAUAUUAUAGUAACAAUCAUCCGAUUUCAAAGGAAUAUGAGUCUAUUAAGAAACAAGAAAGAAUUGAAUUUUCAAAAGCAGUAGAGAAUUCUUAAGAAAUUGAAACCUAAUCAUAAACCUAGCAAUAAUAGAAAAUGUAAUUGGGAAUGGCAAUGAAAAUGUUACACAAUCAAUUAUAUAAUAUUCAAUUCAAUAGUGAAUUUUGA